GUUGCUUGGCCGCCGCCUCGUAGUCCGGCGACUAGUUUCUUGCUCGACUUCCUGGAGCUGUGGCCCGUGUGGAUUUCCACCUCAGACUUCUGCGCGAGCUCAGCGGGGCAGGAACAUGGCUGCCUCGGGUCUGGAUCAUCUCAAAAAUGACUACAGAAGAAGAUUUUGUCGACCUUCCAGGGCACGGGACAUUAACACAGAGCAAGGACAGAAUGUUCUGGAAAUCUUACAAGACUGUUUUGAAGAAAAAAGUCUUGCCAAUGAUUUUAGUACAGAUUCUAUAAAAUCAGUGCUUUAUUCAACACCCAAAAUAAAAGACACUUGUAUUCAGUCACCAAGCAAAGAGAAAUCACAUCCAAAGUCAGUUCCAGUUUCUUCAAGACAGAAAGAAGCCUCUCUGCGGUUUAUUGUAGAACCAAGUGAAGUCACCAACAGAUCAGUUCAAGCCCAUGAAGUUCAUCAGAGAAUUCUGGCAACUGAUGUUAGUUCCAAAAAUACAUCUGACUCGAAAAAAAUGUCAAGUAGAAACAUAAAUGAUCAUCACAGUGAAGCUGAUGAAGAAUUUUACUUAUCUGUUGGCUCACCUUCUGUUCUUUUGGAUGCAAAAACAUCUGUAUCGCAAAAUCUUAUUUCAUCUAGUGCCCAAAAGAGAGAGACUUACACUUUUGAAAAUUCAGUAAAUAUGCCGCCUUCAAGUACAGAGAUUUCACUUAAAACUAAAAAAAGGUUAAACUUUGAAGAUAAAGUUAUUUUAAGGAAAAUAGAAAUAGAUAAUAAAGUAUCAGAUGAAGUGGAUAAAACAUCAGAAGGACAAGAAAGACAACCAUCGGGAUCAUCUCAGAAUAGAAUGCAAGAUUCAGAAUAUGAAAUUCAACCACAAGCUAAAAGUUUUUCAACAUUGUUUUUAGAAACGAUAAAACGAAAAAGUGAAUCCAGUCCCAUUGUUAGGCAUGCGACAACUGCUGUACCUCAUUCAUGCCCUCCAGAUGAUAAGGAGUUGAUAGAGGAUGAAUUUAUAAUUGACGAAUCAGAUAAAAGUUUUGCCAGUAGAUCUUGGAUUACAAUACCAAGAAAGACAGGGCCUCUGAAACAACGCAUAACAUCUCCUCCGGCUGAGAGUACUACACUCCAUCAAGGUAGAAAGUCAAGAGAAAAACAUCAUAAUAUAUCACCUAAGACUUUGACAAAUGACAAACAUUCCCAUAAACCUCACUCAGUAGAGACAUCUCAGCCCUCUGAUAAAACAGUACUGGAUACAAGUAAUGCUUUGACAGGUGAAAUGGUAAAUAAUUGUAGAUCUACAAAAUAUGAAAUGUAUUCUGAGAAUGCAAAAAAAUCAUCUGGAAGUAAAAGGACUAUAAAACAAAAACAGGGAAGAAAAUUUAAGGCUAAACUAGCUAAAGAACAGCUUGAUAUGGGACAGUCUAAAGAUGAAAACAUGUAUACAUCACAUAUUACCCAAGACAAAUUUCAGAGAAAUUCAGACAGAAAUAUGGAACAGUGUGAAGAGAUGGGAAAUGAUCGUGCUUCCAAAAAACAGAUGUCACCUUUGGGAAGCAAGAAAAGUAGCACUAGAAAAGAUAAGGAAGAAUCUAAAAAGAGGCACCUUUCCAGUGAGUCCAAGGACAAACUUGUACCUGAAGAAGUGACUUCCACUGUCACGAGAAGUCGAAGAAUUUCCAGACGUCCAUCUAAUUGGUGGGUGGUAAAAUCAGAGGAGAGUCCUGUUUAUAGCAAUUCUUCAAUAAGAAAUGAAUUAACAGUGCAUCAUGACAGUAGGCAAAAAUCUGCUAAGAAAACAAAUCAGUCAUCUAAGAAUAUUGGAAAAAAAACUACUCCACUUAAAAGGCAGAGGACAGCACCUAAAGGCAGCCCAAGAGUACAGAAGGUUUUAAAUGCUAAAGGUUCUGGAGGUAUUGUUGGUCAUGAUGAAAUUUCCAGUUGUUCGCAGAGUGAGCCAUUGGAAAGUGAUGAGGCAGACUUGGCUAAGAAGAAAAAUCUUGAUUGUUCUAGAUCUACAGGAAGCUCAAAGAAUCAAGAUGAUAUUAUGACUACACAGAAUGUUCCUCUAAUGCCUCAGACAUAUGGAUAUACAUGUAAGACACCAACAGAGUCAAACUUGGAUUCUGGAGAGCAUAAGACUUCAAUUUUAGAGGAAAGUGGACCUUCCACACUCAAGAAUUACUUAAUGUCUGGAAAGAAGAAUAAUGAUGUAGAUGAUGAGAAAGUUCAUGGAAGUUUAGAUGACUCAAGAGUAAAACAAUCUAAAGUGAUACCAAAGAACAGAAUCCAUCACAAAUUAAUAUUGCCCUCCAACACACCAAAUGUUCGCAGGACCAAGAGAAUACGUUUGAAACCUUUGGAGUACUGGCGAGGGGAGCGAAUAGAUUAUCAAGGAAGGCCAUCAGGAGGAUUCGUGGUUAGUGGAAUACUCUCUCCAGACACAGUACCAUCUAAAAGGAAGGCAAAAGAAAACACUGGAAAAGUCGACAAAAGAGCUAAUAAGAAAAGGAUCUGUCUUGAUAACAAUGAAAGAAAGACUAGCUUAAAGGUAAAUCUAGAUAUUCCUCUUGGAGAUCCUUUGCAGCCAACGAGGGUAAAGGACCCAGAAACAAGAGAGAUUAUUCUCAUGGAUCUUAUAAAGCCACGAGAUACAUAUCAAUUUUUUGUUAAGCAUGGUGAGUUGAAGGUUUAUAAGACAUUGGAUACACCUUAUUUUUCUACUGGGAAAUUGAUAUUAGGACCACAAGAAGAAAAGGGAAAGCAGCAUGUUGGCCAGGAUAUAUUGGUUUUUUAUGUUAACUUUGGAGACCUUUUGUGUACUUUACACGAAACACCUUAUAUAAUAAGUACUGGAGAUUCAUUCUAUGUUCCUUCAGGUGUUCCAGUCGCCUGCUGAAAGGGUGCUGGGAUCUGUGUGAUUUCCUGUGAGGCGACCCACUGCGCUAGCUGAAACAACGGCACUGCCUGGGAAUCUCCUGGCCAGCUUAAAAGGGCAACCAGACCAGUGUAUUUUGUAUGGAGAGCCACCGCGUAGCAGCGCCAGCAAAACAGCCACGCCAUCCAAAACAGCUGCGCUGGUGACCCAUAAAGCUCCUUUGCCUAGGAAUCUCCUGGUCUGUGGGCAAUAAAGAUCCAUCUGGAAAUGCGGGGUCCACUCACCCUCUGCGCUUUCACUGGGAGCUGCAAUCCUGAGCUGUCUUUAAAAGGGUCAUCUGGGAUCUUCCUGUGCUUAGUUUUUAAAUUCAUUUCAAAAUGUAUUUAUGCCUACUAGGGUAGUCCCUGUGUCUGCAUAAUUUAGCCAUCAGCCAAUCAUUUGGACAAAGGUUAAGAUCAAACACUUGAGUCCAUAAGCCUUCCACCUACUGUUGGUUGUUCUGUGUAGGAUGGAGGAUGAAGCAGUUACCAAAUCCUGCUUGGUUUUUACAUUUGCCAUGCUCUCUUGAGUCUCCCCUGUGCAUGCAUCAUUUCACUUUGCCAAAGACGUUUCAUUGUUAACUCAUACUUUGCCUAUAAAUUAAACCAUUUUAUGUAUGCAUACAAAAAAAUCUAAGGAUAGCUACAUAUUUAUAUCUAGAUAUAAAUAGGGCUCAGUACUGUCUGUGGCUUCAGACAUCCACUGGGGUUUUGGAACCUAACCCCCAAGGCAGGCUGCUAUAUCCAGUUUUUUUGCCCCCUCAUCAAACAUUUGGUAUUGUUCCUUUUUUCUUUAGCUGUUCUAAUAAGUGUGUAAGGGUAUUGUCUCUUAAUUUGUAUUUCUCUAAUGACUAGUGAUGUUAAACAUCUUUUCAUAUGUUUAUUUACUAUUCAUAUAUUUUCUAAAGUGAAACGCCUUUUCGUGUUUUAUGAUCAUUUAUUGGAUUUUUUUUUUUUUUUUUUUGAGACGGAGUUUCACUCGUUAACCAGACUGGAGUGCAGUGGCACGAUCUCGGCUCACUGCAACCUCCACCUCCUGGGUUCAGGCAAUUCUGCCUCAGCCUCGUGAGUAGCUGGGAUUACAGGCCCGCGCCACCGUGCCUAGCUAUUUUUUUGUAUUUUUAGUAGAGACGGGGUUUCACCAUGUUGACCAGUAUGGUCUCGAUCUCUAGACCUUGUAAUCCACCCGCCUCGGCCUCCCAAAGUGCUGGGAUUACAGGUGUGAGCCACUGUGCCUGGUCCUAUGCUGGAUUUUUAAGUAUGGUAUUUUGGAAAUUUUAAAAAUAUAUUUUAGGUAUGAGUCAUUUGUUGGAAAUAUGGUUUGCAAAUAUUUUCUCCUGGUCUAUGGCUUGUCUUUUCAUUAUUAUAACAAGGCCUUUUGAAGAGCAAAGUUUUAAUUUUGAUGAAGUCUGACUUACUGAUUUUUAUUCUUUUAUAGAUCCUGCUGUUAGUGUCGUGCAAACUCUUCAAUCCCUAGAUCCAAAAGAUUAUUUUUUCUAUUUCCUUCUAAAACUUAGUUUCGCAUUUUACAUUUUAGAUUUGUUAUCCAUUUUGAAUUAAAUGUUUUUUUCAUAAGGUGAGAGGGUUAGGUCAAAAUUCAUUUUCUGGCUGUGGACAUCUGAUUGUACUUGCAGCAAUUUUUGAAAGAGCUCUCUUUCUCCCAUUGAAUUGCUUUUGCACCUUUGUCAAAAAUUAGUUGAGCAUAUUUGUGUGGAUUUAUUUGGAGUUCUAGAUCUAUUUUUUUUAAUAUGAUAGACGUUUAUUACUCUAUUGAAACAGUUCAGAGGUAUAUAGUCAGAGGCUGAAAUAGGGUGGCUCUGCUAUCCUUGAUACGUGGCUUGAAUUUUUUUUUUUUUAAUUUUAUUUCAAUCGCUUUUGGAGUACAAGCAGUUUUGGUUAUGUAGAUGGAUUACAUAGUGGUGAAGUCUGAGAUUUUUGUACCCAGUAUGUAGUUAUUUAUUUAUUUAUUUUUGAGACGGAGUUUCGCUCUUGUUACCCAGGCUGGAGUGCAAUGGUGCAAUCUCGGCUCACCACAACCUCCGCCUCCUGGGUUCAGGCAAUUCUCCUGCCUCAGCCUCCUGAGUAGCUGGGAUUACAGGCACGUGCCACCAUGCCUAGCUAAUUUUUUGUAUUUUUAGUAGAGAUGGGGUUUCACCAUGUUGACCAGGAUGGUCUUGAUCUCUUGGUGCUGGUAUUACAGGCGUGAGCCACCGCGCCCGACCCCAGCAUGUAGUUUUUUAAUCCCUCAUUCCCUUCUCAUCCUCCUUCGUGAGUCUCCAAGUUCAUCAUACCACACUGUAUGCCUUUGCAUAUCCAUAGCUUAUCUCCCUCUCUCUCAGCUCAUGACUGAGACCAUAUGGUUGUUGAUUAUCCAUUCCUGAGUUACUUCACUUGGAAUAGUGGCCUCCAGCUAUAUCCAUGUUGCUGCAAACGACAUAUUUUUAAAAGUUCAAUUUUAUUUUAGAUCCAGGGGGUACAUUUUUUAAAACUUCAAUUUUAUUUUAGAUUCAGGUUUGUUACUUGAGUUUAUUGCAUCCAGGUACUGAGCACAGUUAGUUAGUGAGCACAGUAUAUUGAGAUGUUUAUCACUAUGUGCAGAGGUCUGGUCUGCAGACCCUGGCCCAACAAACGGAUGAAUAAAUUUAUUCUCACACCAUUACAGUGAUUCAAGUCAGCUGGGAUGGUUGUUGGCUGCUUUCAGAGGGUGAAAUGCAACCAAUCGCCCAAGACUCCCUGUACAUUCACACCUUUAUUCAGUAAAGAUUUCCUAACAGAGGUUCUAAGUCAACUCUCUUGUGGACAAUUAACAUGGUUAAAAGAGUGCUUUUAUGAAUGGUAAAAGCUUUAGGUUCCAGGACCAGAGUAAACACUCUUAGCAGGUAAUUCCCCUUUGAUUCCUGCCGCCCGCAGAGGACCGUCCAGCACAAAGUUGGCAUGAGUAAACAGAGUAGAGACAAAGGCAUGUGGGUAAACAGACUUAAACUGGAAAAGCCUUUUGUCUUCCCUAUCUCUUCCCUAUCAUGGCAGCUGCCUUCAACUUGCCCCAAUAAAACCUUUUGGCCUUCCAGAAGAUUUCAGACUGAUUUAUAACAUUCCCUAAUAUUUUGCCAGCCACCUCGAGUGAAUCUCAACCGUAUAUUGCAUCCAUGUAGUGAGCACCCAACAGGUAGUUUUUAACCCCUGCUCCCAUCCCUCCAUCGCUGUAUCUAUCCAAAGUAAAAGAAGUAGAGAUACUCUGCACUCUGACUUUUCCUCAGCUCCUCAGCUCCAUGGCCAGGCCAUCAGGAAUGUGAACCACCUCCUACUCACACUCCUGACCAGUGUUCUGGCUGUUAAGAUCAGACAGGUACCUCUUUUCAUCUGCGGAAACAUUGGUGUUCCAAGUAGAGAGGGAGUGUGACUCUACCCCACAUGCAACUCUAAACCUGGAGGGUACUCUUCCUGUGGGAAUGCAGUCACCCUGACAUGUUCUAGAAAGGCUGUCUAUAGGUGCAGCCAUGUGAAGCUCCCAUGGGAGAAACCCCAGCUCUGUCUGCAGUGGUGGAUUUGGGGAGAAAGGAAGUCUUAGUAGAGCUACAGUUUCCCCACUAAGCCCAGCACUGCACCUGUGCCUUUGCUGAAAGAAACUUCCCACAAACGAAGAUUCUGGAACUCAAGGCCUGCCAUCUGGAUUCUUUUGUCACACAGGAUGCUCCCUUCAUAUGGUAUACUGGUUUCUGCAGUAGUGGGAGUCCCUGAGAGCCAAACUACUGUAAUUGCUCUGCUGGGGCUAGCCACCCAGUGGGGUUGCCACACUGACUGGUGCAGGUGAAUAUCUGAAAGGAAUCUAGUGAUAUGAGUUGUCCUCAAAUCUUCCAGCAGUGGGUACCGGGGCCAGUUCUGUUGAUGGUGGCAGGGGAGUGACGUAGACUCUGAGGCUGCCUGAUUAUAAAUAGCCUCAGUGUGUUUGGUUUCUCAAAUGCCAAUUCUAGUAGUUAUGAACUAGUCAUAUGGACAGACUCGGGACCUCCUAGUUAGCCAGGUAGUAUAGGCAGUUGUGACAACUGAAGCCACACAGGUUUUCCUCUUCCUUAGCACUGUGUUAUUUUACCUACAGAUGCUAUAAUGGACUGUGUUGGCUGGCCUCCAGCUAGGAGGUGGUAUUUGCCAAAGAGUGCCAACUGCAGUGGUACUGGUGGGAUUUGUGCUUGCCUUAUGUUCCCCAGGGAAGGUACUCUGGUGUCUCAGGCAAUGGACAGUGCCAUCGUACUUCCAAAAGUUUCUUUUGUUUGUGUUAAUCUACUAGGGCAGGUAGAGGGGCAAGCAAGGUGGAGGCUAGGUCAGACAAGUCUGCACUCUGAUUCUGUGUGUGGGGCAAGCAGUGGCCCCACUAGCGGUCAGUAGGCAGUUCUCUGGCCACUGGGGUAAUGUUACAGGGAGAAGUACAGCUGCCUCUGUUGCACAGAAGAGUUCACAUAGGGGUGGGGAGUAGCAGGUGACAGUGAACCCCACCCAGCUCCCAUGCACUUGGCAAGGUAGGUAUCACACCCACAGUGUUUUAUUAGCAGCAGCUAGCUAGAUUCCAGGCAGUCUGUGCUCAGAAUCUCUGUUGAUCCAUGUGUCUACCUCUCCCUUAAUUAUGUGUGACUUGAAAUUGUGUAUAGUGGUUCCUCCUGUUUGGUUCUUUCUGAGAAUUAUUAUAGGUGUUCUGAUUCCUUCACCUUUUCAUGUAAAUUUGAAUAAUUUUGUAUAUAUGUACAAAGAUUCUAUGAUUUUGAUUAGUUACGUUAAACUUGUAUAUUAUUUUGGGGAAAAGUGACAUUUUUGCUGUCUUGAAGUCUUCUAAUCCAUGAACUUGAUAUGAUGGUAUGUUUCUCCAUCUAUUUAGAUCUUUGAUUUCUUUCAUUAGUAUUGUGUAUUUUCAGUAUACAAGUCAUGUAUGUGUUUUGUUAGAUUUAUAUAUAAAUAUCUUUUGAGGAAUUGUAAAUGGUAAUUUUUCUAUAUUAUGUGUUCUGUGAUUUAUUUCUUUAGCAUUUUACCUUUCCUGGUCUUUUAAGAUUUUACAUUAAAAAGUGUCUUAUCUCUCUGAUAUCAGAAUAUAUUGUACUAAUUUUUACAUGUAACCUAAAUGAUAUGUACUAGAUUAAAUUAAAAUAGCCUAAGGAAGUUUUGAGAUUGUAAAUUGAAGCUUCAGAGGAGGAAUAACAGUAGUUGUCUGGAAACAGCUUUAUUAAAUCAGAAACUUCAUAACAAGGUCAGAGUAGACAACAUUUUUGUGGAACACACACAGUGUCUUGAUAUUUUAAAAAUAGUUUUUAUUUAUUAGAGCAGUUUUAGAUUCACAGCAAAAUGGAACAGAGAGUACUGAGAGUGCCCUGUAUACUACCUGCCCUAAUACGUGCACAACCUCUCCUACUAUUGACACCCUGAACCACAGUGGUACAUCUGUUACAGUUGAUGAACCUACAGAGACACAUCAUUAUUGCCACAGUUUACAGCUUACAUUAGGGUUUUCAGUUGGUGCUGGAUAUUCUAUGGGUCUUGAUGAAUGUAUAAUGACAUGUAUCCAUUAUUAUAGUAUUACAGAGAAUAGUUUCACUGCCUUAAAAUUCCUCUAUGCUCCUCCUAUUUACACCUCCCAUCUCCCUCACCUCUGGCAACUACUGAUCUUUUUAGUUUCCAUGGUUUUACCUUUUUCAGAAUGUCAUAGGAUUGAAUUAUACAGCCUCUUUUGUUUGACUUCUUUCAUAUGCAAUUUUUAGCUUACACAGGUUAAUUAUUAGUGUAUAUAAAUACAAUUUUUUGAGAUUGGGUCUUGCUAUAUUGCCCAGUCUAGAGUGCAGUGGCUAUUUGCAGGUGUGAUUAUAGUGCACAAUAGCCUUGAAUUUCUGGCAUUCUGUGUCUUGAGUAGCUAGAAUUACAUAUGUGUGCAACUUCACCAGGCUCCCAAUUGAGUUUUAAAUGUCAUUUUUUGCAUCCUGAAUACUUGCUAGAGUCACUACAAGUUAUAGGAAGUUUUUAUUGUUUGUUUUUCAAAGAUUUGUUUUUAAAGAUUUUCUACUUAGACCACUAUGUCAUCUGCAAAUAGAGCCAUUUUUUUUCUGUCCUAUCUGAAUGCUUUUCACUAUUAGAACUUCCAGUUUUAUGUUGAAUAAUAGUAGGGAAAAUAGACAUUCUUACCUUUUUUCCCUAAUUAUAGGGGCAAAGCAUCUAGUCUUCACCAUUAAGUUUGAUGUUAGCCAUAGGUGUCUUUUUUUUUUUAGAUGUUCUUUGUCAAGUUGAGAACUAAUUUUUUAAAUAACAAAUGAAUGUUGAAUCUUGUUAAAUGCUUUUUCGCAUCUGUGGAUAUGAUUAUGUGGUUUCUCUUAUGUGUAUAGAUAUAUUUGUAAUAUUUUCUUUUUGUUUGUUUGAUUUCUGCAGAGUCUUUAGUGGUAUUCUCUGUUUUGUUUUUGGGUGCCUUUCCCAAUUUUGCUAGAGGUUUGCCAGUUUUGCUACAGGUUUGUCAAUAUUAUUGAUCUUUUUAAAGACCCAGCUUAUUAUUGUUCAGUGAUUUUCUCCUGUCAUUCUGUUUUCAAUUUUAUUAAUUUCUGCUCUUAUUUUUUCCAUUUUCUGCUGUUUUGAGUUAUUUUGGUCUUCUUUCUCUAAGUUAUUGAGGUAGCAGCUUAGACUAUUGAUUUGAGACUCUUACUUUUUUUUUAAUGUAUGCAUUUAGUACUAUAAAUUUCCCUCUCAGCACUGCUUUAAUAUGUGUCUCAAAUUUUGAUAUGGUAUAUUUUCAUUUUCACUCAGCUCAAUGUAUAUAUUUUUUACUUCUUUUAAGAUUCCUUCAACCAAGGAUUCUAUAGUAGUGUAUUGUUUAGUUUCCAAGAUUUAAAAAAGUUUGCUUUUCUGUUUUAUUACUGUUUUCUAGUUUGAUCCACUGUAUUCAGAGAACACAAUGUAUGUUAGUAAUUAUUUCAAAGGUGCUAAGGUUUGUUUUAUGACCCAAGAUAUUGCCUAUUUUGUAUAUGUUCUAUGGGCACUUGAAGAAAAUGUAUAUUCUGCUUUUAUUGUGUGGAAUUUGCUAAAAAUGUCAAGUAGAUCCUGUUAAUGUUGUUGUUGAGUUCAUGUAUAUACUUGCUGUUUUUUUUCCUAGUUACAUCAAUUAUUGAGAUUGAGGAGUGUGAAGUCUCCAACAAUUGUGGAUUUGUCUGUUUCUCCUUUCAGUUCUAUCAGUGCUUGCUUCACAUAUUUUACAGUUCAUUUGUUUGGUACAAACACACUUGGGAUUGCCCUGUCUUCUUGGCUUUCUUUUUUUAUUAUGUUCUUUAUCGAGGUGAGGAAGUUUUCCACUAUUACUAGUAUAUCAAGAGUUUCUUGCAGAAGGAACAGGAUUGAGAUAAAAAUUUUUUUAAUGUUUUUAUCAUUUACAUUAUAUAAUGUCCUCCUUCGUUGCUGGUAAUUUUCUUUGAAGUCUGCUUUGUCUCAUACUAAUAUAACCACCCUUUUUUUUUUUUAAUUAAUGCAUGAAUGAUGUUUUCCCAUUCUUUGUUUUUAAGUUUACCCACCUUGGUAUAUUUGAAGGUAAUUUCUUAUAGACAGUAUAUCAUUGGAUCUUUGUGGGUUUUUUAAAAGAAAUUAUUUUUAAUUAUAAUAGAGAUAAGGUCUUACUUUGUUACCCAAGCUUGUUUUAAACUCCUGGCCUCAAGUGAUCUGCUUACCUCAGCCUUCCAAAGUCCUGGAGUUACAAGCGUGAGACACUGCUCCCAGUUGGUUCUUUUUGUUUUAUUUUAAUACACCUUGCCAAAUCUUGUCAUUUAAUUGGUAAAUUUAGACUGCUUACUUAUGAUGCAUUCAUUCAUAUAGAAGGGCUAUUGUCUAUUAUUUUAAUUUUUCAGUUCCCAGUUUUUGGUUUCUGUUUUUUUUUUUUUUUUCUCCCUUUUAGUGGCUUUCUUAACAUUUUAUAAAAUUAAUUUAUCUGUAGCAUUUUUAGUCUGUUUAUAUAGCAUUUUCAUACCUAGAAUAAAGUAUUAUACAUACAUGCACUAGUUACCAUUUUACCUAUUUGCAUAUAAAAAUAUUAGCAUUAUCUAUACCUCUUUGCCUGCCUUUAUAUACAAUAUGACUGAUUUUUAAAUAUUUCUUCUAUAUAACUUGAGAACCUACCAGUGUUAGAAUUUUUGCUCUAAAACAUAGUUUAUAGGGGGCAAGUGGAAAAAGAAAAUCUAUUGUAUUUACCCAUAUACUUAUUCCCUUUGUAGUUCUCUGUUCUUCCUGAUGUUUCAAGAUGUCUUUCUUUUUUUUUUUAAUUUUGAGAAUUUUAUUAGCCAUACUUUUCUAAUAGGUCUGCUAGUGACAAAUUGUUUUUGUUUUUGUUUUUUUCCAUCUGAGAAUGUCUUUAUUUUCCUUAUUUUCAAAAGCUAUUGCACUAGAUACAGAAUUCUAAGUUAAUAGUUCUUUUCUAUCAGUUAUUUAAAAAUGCUGGGCCUCCAUCAUUCUGGCCUCCAUCAUUCCUGAAGAGAAACACACUGCUAUUUGAAUUUUUCCCCUGUACUUGAUACGUUUCUCUCUUGUGCCUCUCAAGAUUUUUUAUUUAUCUUUGGUUUUCUGAAGUUUUUUUAUAAUUGUCUUAAUGUAAACUUUUUGGGUUUAUCCUGUUUGAUGUUUGUUCAGAUUCUUGAGUUUGUAGGUUUGUAUGUAUCUUGCUACAUUUGGGAAUAUUUUAGUCAUUAUUUCAUGAAAUACUUUUCAAGCCCACCCUCUUUCUUUUUUCCCUCUAGGAUCUGAUGACACAAGUGUUAGUUUUUUUGUUGUUAAAUUCCCACAGAAUACUGAGGUUCGGUAUUUUUUUCAGUCUAUUUUCUUUCUGUUGUUCAUUUUGUGUAAUUUCUAUUGUUCUGUAUUCAAGUUUACUAUUUUUUUUUCCUCUGUUCCUUCUAUUCUGGUGUUAAAUCCAUUAAUUGGGAUAUUAUAUUUUUCAGUUUCUGAAACUUUCCAAGUUUUGUUUCAACUCAUUUUGUCAUUGUUCCUUGUAACAUUUUUAUGAUGGUGACUUUAAAAUAUUUGUUAGAAUCUACAAUCUGUAUCAUCCUGACGUUGGUGUCUUUUGGUUGGGACAUUGUAUUUUUCAGUUGCUGAAACUUUCUAUUUUUUGUUUUAAUUCAUUUGUAAUUUGUCCUUGGAAUAUUUUUAUGAUGAUUACUUUAAAAUAUUUGUUAGAUUCUGUAAUCUAUAUCAUCCUGACAUUGGUGUCUGUUGAUUAUCUUUUCUCAUUCAAUUUUAGACUUUGCUGAUUCUUGGUAAGAGGAAUGAUUUUCAUUUAAAUUCUUAACAUUUUGGAUAUUUUCUUAUUAUAUUUUGGAUUUUAUUUCAAUCUGUUUAGCAGUCCUCAGACACCUCUUCUCACAUCUCUGACACUGAGCAGUCAGGUUAAGGGGUUGCUUUCUUGUUGCUACAAGAUGGGAGUGGAUACCCAGCUUUUCUA